GACGACAACGUGCUAAGGAGUUAGCCUGGGACAGGAGGAGGAGGACUGUUUAUGGUAUAGGCUUAUAACCCCCCAGCGUUUUCCUCUUUUUAUUUUACUUUAGCCACACGCUUUAUUUAAUUAUGCCCAGCAAGAAGAAGAAAUACAACGCCAGGUUCCCUCCGGCCAGGAUCAAGAAGAUCAUGCAGACAGACGAAGAGAUAGGCAAAGUGGCUGCAGCGGUUCCUGUUAUUAUCUCCAGAGCUCUUGAGCUUUUCCUGGAGUCGCUGCUCACCAAGGCCUGCCACGUCACCCAGUCGAGGAACGCCAAGACCAUGACGACGUCGCACCUAAAGCAAUGCAUCGAGCUGGAGCAGCAGUUUGACUUCUUAAAAGACCUGGUGGCAGCGGUCCCGGACAUGCAAGGCGAGGGGGAGGAGAACCACACCGAGGGGGGAGGAGAAAAAGUCCCGCGCAGGGGUCGAAAGCCAGGAUCUGGUCGCAAGAACGGGGGAGCCGGCUCCAAAGGCAAGGACAAGAAGCUGUCGGGAACAGAGUCGGAGCAGGAGCAGGAAGACUCCGAAGACAGCGAGACAGACGGGGACGAGGACGACGGCUCCCAGUCAAGCACAAACCAGCAGGCUGCGUCCAUGUUCCACAGCUCCAACGCCCCCUCCCAGGUGGUGCACAUGGGCAACAUGGUGUCGGCAGCCACCCUGCCUCCAGCUCAGGCCCUGGGCACCAUCGCCUUCGCUCCUCAUCCCUCCAUGGUGAGCAUCGCGCCACCUCCCCCAGCGCCCGCACCGCACAAAAACGAGGAGGAGGACGACGACGACGAAGACUAUGACUCUUAGCUCCCCCGACAUCCUCUCUUUACGUCUCUCACACACACACACACACACACACACACACACACACCUUUCAGCAUUAUUUUCAGGUUCUUAGGUUGACCCUUUGGUGGGGCGGCUCCAGCAGCGAAGAGGAACAUUCUUCAUCACGGCCCACUGACAGAAAAGCUGUAAGAGACAGAACUCGUUGUACAUUAGGUGUUUUAAUUUUUUUUUUAAAAAGCUUUUAUUUUAAGGUAGAGAUGGAGGAUGUUUUUUAGCUGUUUCUUUGUUGUUCAGCUUAUUUUAAUUUUUUUCCCCCGUGACUAGUAAAGAUGGCAGUGCUAUGAGCCCCAGUAGAAAGGAUAGGUGUGGUUUAUUUCGCCUCACAGCUUUAGGUUGUUUUGGUUUUGUUUUAUGCGCGUUUUUUUUUAGUUUUUUUUUUUGUGGCACUUUUCUAAUUUCUCUUUAUCAGACAUUGUUAAAAAAAAAACAACCAAACACGGUUCCCCCGACCGUCAGCUUGGCUGGAAAAAUCCAAUUAGUGGUAGCUAAAGCCUCGUUCCUGCUUUUUAAUGCUCGGACUGAGCGAACUAGGGGAGACGAGUUCAGGGCAAUGGUUUCUGGGGGAUUUUUUUUGAACGCGGAGGCACAUGUUAAAGGGAAAGGAGGUCAGCGGAGCGUUCUGCCUCCACGUCGUCCUUCAGCUGAUCGAUGCUGCAGUUAAGGUUGCAUCUUUUUACUCGGUCCAGAUAUGAGUCAACUAAAAAGAAAGCAGGUGAUUUAUUUAAUUUUUUUCGUCAUUUGUUUCGCAACCAGUGGUUUGUUUUUGUUUCAAAUUUAGUCACUACUUUUAUUUGAUGAUUUUUAUCAAGGAAGCCGUAACCCUCCACAACCACAGCCCUGAUGUCAACCAGGUUAAUGAUUCUUCUCAUUUCAGUUCUGAUUUUGAUCCUGCCACCUGUUAGUGUUUCUAUUCUUUUACAUGCUCAGAAAUUUCCCCUUAUAUGCCUGUAAAUACAGGGACUGUUUGUCCAGGUCUUUGUUUUUAAAGUUUUUUUUUUUUGCCCUUCUUGCCCCAGCCGCAGUCGUCCCUCCUCCAUCGUUAACGUUCGUUCUCCUUCUUUUAGAUUCGUUUUAAAUGAACGCAGAGUCGGGACUCCCAGCUUCUUACGAAAUGGUUCCAAGCGGUUUACUCUGUAUUGUAAACUUUUAAUGUUUAUUUUUAUUUUGUAUGGGUGAAAUAAAAUUCACAUUUCAAUUUGAAA